UGGCGAUUCCCGGGGGACUGUGUUGCCGUGGCAGCGCUCACUCCGCUUUCCAUGUGCGCUGUGUUUCCGUGUGUCGGCGGAGGGUUGUAUUGUUGUCUCGGAGUCCCAGAGUUUCAUGGGAAGGAGGGGCCGGCGCGGCAGCACAAGGCUGGCGUUUGUGCGGCAGCUCACACAGAAGCUGGCGGUCACUUCUGCCUCAUUCGCCAGGGGUGGACGGAGAGUGGAGAGAGGACGCAGCAUCGCCCCCGACCCGCGGAAUACACAUCAAAGCGAUCUCUCCUAGUUUUGACGGAGAUCAGCGUGGAUUCGGCCUUUGUGCUGUGACGUGGAGUCAGAAAGCAGCAACGAGGACGAGUGGCCACCGCCCCCCCCCUCCCCCCGCGCCCCCACCCCUACAAUGGUGGUGAGUUUCGGAGCUGUGACUGCGUAAGGAGAAGGGCUACAGCUAAAGGAAGAGACAGGAGCGAGGAAGGUGCUGCAUCCAGCACAGUGACCCGGGGGACAGAGCGGUGAGGCUGGGCAGGGAAGAGGGAACAGGGCAUCCGACUGGCAUCAGAGCUGAGAUCCGGCCCGGUGCGCCGUCCAUCACCUGUGCGACGAGAUGGCAGAACAAAAAGUCAGCCUGGUGGCUAAGCUAAUCAAUGGGGGCGUGGCGGGACUGGUGGGCGUCACCUGCGUGUUCCCCAUCGACCUCGCCAAGACCCGUCUCCAGAACCAGCAGGGGCCAAAGGUCUACAGUGGAUUGCUGGACUGCUUGACUAAGACUAUCAGAGCAGAAGGCUACUUUGGGAUUUACAGAGGGGCGGCCGUCAACCUCACCCUCGUUACGCCGGAGAAGGCCAUCAAGCUGGCGGCCAACGACGUCUUCAGGCAGAAGCUCUCCAAGGACGGGAAUUUGCCCCUGUGGGCGGAGAUUUUGGCUGGCUGUGGAGCGGGGACCUGUCAGGUGGUGGUGACCACACCCAUGGAGAUGCUGAAGAUCCAGCUUCAGGAUGCUGGCCGGCUUGCGGCUCAGAAGACAGUUCCCACUGGCCCCUCCGUGGCGGCUCAGCCCCCCCCACCUCGCCCUUCAGCCACCAACAUUGCCCUGGAUCUCCUGAGGACCCGGGGGUUGAUUGGGUUAUACCGGGGGGCGGGAGCCACGCUGCUGAGAGACGUCCCCUUCUCCAUGAUCUACUUCCCACUGUUUGCCAACUUGAACUCCCUGGGCCGGCGGAAGCAGGGUUGCCAUGGAGAUGUGCAGGAGCGGGCCCCCUUCUUGCAGUCCUUCGUGGCUGGCUGCGCAGCCGGUUCGGUGGCCGCAGUGGCCGUCACUCCUCUGGACGUGAUUAAGACAAGACUGCAGACCCUGAAGAAGGGCAUUGGGGAGGACUCCUACCAGGGCCUGAUGGACUGCACGCGGCGCAUCUGGAGCCGGGAGGGCCCGUCUGCGUUCCUGAAGGGGGCGACGUGCCGUGCGUUGGUGAUCGCGCCGCUGUUCGGCAUCGCACAAGGCAUCUAUUUCCUGGGCGUGGGAGAGCGGGUGCUGGGGCUGCUGCCAUAGCGACGAAGCGUUUGGCGUUCCCACAACGUUUGGCAGCAAAGAGGGAUCAGGCCGUAGGGGGAAGGGAGGAGCUUAAUCUGCUAACAGUAUGACUAUCUCUGGAGUGCAGAGGAGGAACGCUAACUUUUGCACCAGCACGCUAAUGCUACGCUUAAUGCUGCUAAUGGUAGUGAUGGGUGAAGUGAGGCUUUGAGACUUGUGGUGGGUGGGCUUAUUACUGAUUUAUGACCAAUAAGAAGAGAGCAAAGUCAGGAUAAUCCCGCCAAUCAUGGCUUUCGAAGUCUCACUCUUCUCAUGAGUGGCUAAUUUUGCUCUGCAUAGUAGCAGGUCACUGUUGGUACCCCGAGGUCGAAAGUGUCAAAUGCCAGCCUCGGGGGCUGCUUGUGUCCCAAAAGACUGACUGCCCCAGUUUAGUGCUCUAUCAUUUCCAUAUUUCAUGCCAAAAUAUCUGCUAAAAUAUCCAUAUUUACACAAGUGCACUAAAUGUAAUGUGUGUUAUCUGAUUAGAAAUCAAUAAGGAUCUAUGGAGUUAUGUAUGUAUACAUUUUAUCAUCUAUAUUCUGUAUUUAUGCACAAUGUCUGCAGCUGGCCGACUAUGCUGAGGUUAAUCAGUUAAACCGGCAGUUUAAUACCCACACGCACAAAUGAAAUCAUGCUGACAAACUCACGCUGGCAUCCAGUAUCUUUGCUUGGAAAAGCAAUAAAGCAGUAAGAAGGUGGGCCGGGGUACUGAUAGCUAACAGGCAAAGAUCAGCCCCAGCUCCUGGGGUUCAGGGUGGGAGUGCGACCAGAGGAAUUAUGGGUAAUGUGUGCUAAAAAUGUAUUACUUAAUUAAAAUUCAACAAACUGAUUACUGGAUUAGAUGGUUAUGUCAGAAAUUACGAUGUUUACAGACGUGUAUAAAACAAAUAAAAUCUACAUCACUGUAA